GUGAAGACGAACUUAACGAAGUCAAGAUUGUGGCGGUGAAGAAAAUAGUUUUUGGAGUGUAGUUCAUCGCCAGUGGAAGCUGCAAGCUUUUUUGUUCGCCCAAUCACUAUUCGGAAAUUGACAAAAUGCAAGCUAUUGUGCCGCUGUGUUCGGUCCCUCUCACUGCCACUGUCAGCCACAAGCACGAAGAGAACCUGAGAAAGCAAACCGACAACCGCUCUCUCGCUGCCGCACAAACUAACGCACCCAAUAAAUAUUCAAUUUCGGCGUGCUUUUCUGGAAAUCGAGGGUUGGGAGGGAGAGGGCGAUUUUAAUUUGUGCUUCUGAAUCAGUGUUCGAAUUCCGGCGAUGGCGAUCUCGAUUUCGCUCUCAGGUGCUUCCGAUCGAUCGAUUGCGCGAACCAAACUGUGAGAAAAGGAGUGUUCAGAGAGGAACAGGGAGAAGGAAUCUGUAGGCAUGGAGGCUAUACGGAGGCAAGCAAGCAAGCUCAGAGAGCAAGUGGCCAAACAACAGCAGGCAGUUUUGAAACAAUUGGGACGUUUUGGUAAUGAAACAACAAUGAUUGAUGAUGUGGAACUUCAGUGCCACCGACUUCUUCAUAAUCUAUAUAACUCUACGAGGGUAUCUAAGCAUUUUCAAAGGGAUAUUGUUCGUGCUGUGGAAGGUUUUAUUUCAACAAGCUGUAGGCAAAUGGAGAUAAUGAGAAAAUUGACUGAAGAUUGUUGCAAAUUUGGAAAUGAAAAUCGAAGUGCAAAAUCUCCUCUUGCAAGGGUUGCUCUUCACUUUGGUACCUCACGUAGUUCCAUGGAAGAAGAGAGGGAAACUUUGAUUGCUAUUCUUGGUGAUCAGGUUUCUGAACCACUGCGGUCAUUAGUAGCUGGAGCUCCUUUGGAAGAUGCUCGUCACUUGACUCACCGUUACGACAGCCUCCGCCAAGAGGUGGAAGUGCAGGCAGCUGAAGUAUUAAGGCGCCAAUCCAAGUCCAAGGAUCCUGGUGUUCCUUCUGAGACUUCCACAAAACUUCAAAGUGCAGAAGCAAAAUUGGUUGAGCUCAAAUCUGCUAUGAUGGCUCUUGGACGAGAAGCAACUGCUGCAAUGUUGGCAGUAGAGUCUCAGCAGCAACGGAUAACAUUAGAAAGGCUUCUUAUGAUGGUUGAUGCUGAGAGAUCUUAUCAUCAGAGCAUUGUUUCUAUUUUAGAAAAGCUACAUGCCAAGAUGAUUCUAGAGAAACAACGAAGUGAAUCUUCAUCACAAUCAUUGACAAUGCAGAGAGAUGUGCAUCCUACACAUGAGGAUACUUAUUUUAAUGGGUCAAAUGCUGAAGAACUUAUGGAUCAAAAUGAUAUGCACUUUAUUGCAAAAGUUAUACACCCAUUUGAUGCUCAAGCAGAUGGGGAGCUGACUCUUUCAAUCGAUGACUAUAUUGUGGUUCGCCAGGUGGCUCCUAAUGGAUGGUCUGAAGGUGAAUGCAAAGGUAGGGCUGGAUGGUUUCCAUCUGCUUAUAUAGAAAGGCAGGACAAAGCUCCUGCGAGCAAGAUAUUGGAAACAGGGUCUUCCCCAUGAUCCCGAAGUACUGAAUAUAAAGGUUUGUGUUCAUUCUCCUGUAUCUUUGUGCCAUUAGUAUGUAAUUCCUGUUACUGCACCUGCCUGCUUCAAUGUGUGCCAUAUUCCCAUUUGUACUGUACAGUGUUAUAAUGAGACAACAGGCUAUAGGGGCAUUUUAUUUUUGUAUAGAAAAUGGAAUGUGUGAGUGGCUUUUGGCUUUGAGAGGCUUGAAUUCAAAUUUUGUGUGCUUUGGAUGUUGGACUCCCUUUUGGUUUUAGCUGUUAAAACAUAUGUAGAUGUGGAGGAUGCUCCAUAUUUCACAUUGUGUUGAGAUGUGUAUAAUUUGUUGUACAUUUUCAA